CCUGAACUUUCUCGCACUCUAUUUUAUUUACUUUUUUUUUUCGGGCAAUUUCUUGUUCCACAAGAACCCUCUAAACCCUACUAACAUCUGUAAUCUUCUCUGAAAUUUCUUCCCAAGGAAUUGAAAAUCGUCGGAAAUGGCGAAAGUUAGUGCAGCUGGGCUCGUCGCAACCCUGGCUGCUGCAGCAUUCGGUGCACAACCUGCUUACGCAGAUGGGCCUUUCACCUUCUCUCCAUUCCCAUCGUCGGCCCAACCCUCUGCUCAGGCUCCGGCGGAGGCUGACGCCACGAAGCAGCCACCGCCGGCUGAACCUCAAAAGCCUCGCAAUGAUCAUCCCAGAACAACAUCCGCCGGAUUCGACCCAGAAGCUCUGGAGAGAGGCGCCAGGGCUUUGAAAACGAUUGACAAGUCUACCAGUGCAAAACAGGUUUUUGAGGUGAUAAGAAAGCAAGAGGAUACAAGGCAAGCAGAAUUAUCUGCAAAAUCGGCUGAAUUUAAAGCUCUGCAAGCUCAAGCUGAAACCGAGAGGCAAAGAGUGAUAUAUGAUGAACAGAAAAAGCUAGCUCAGCAACAGGCACAAAUCAAGUCACAAAUGGCUCGUUAUGAAGAUGAGUUAGCAAGGAAAAGGAUGCAGGCCGAAAAUGAACAUCAAAGAGCACGAAAUCAGGAAUUGGUAAAGAUGCAAGAGGAGUCGGCUAUGAGGCAGGAGGCAGCCAGACGAGCAACAGAAGAACAAAUUCAAGCACAGCGCCGGCAGACAGAGAGGGAAAAGGAAAAGAUGAAACAGGAAACUAUCAGAAUACAAACUUUAGCUGAAGCAGAAGGAAGAGCACUUGAAGCUAAGCUUGCUGAGGAUGUUAACAGAAGAUUGUUAGUAGAGCGCGCUAAUGCAGAAAGAGAAAAAUGGAUAUCGGCAAUAAAUACAACUUUUGAGCAUAUUGGAGGUGGGAUAAGGGCAAUAUUAACUGAUCAAGAUAAGCUGGUUGUGGCUGUUGGUGGUGUGACAGCGCUUGCUGCUGGCGUCUACACAACAAGGGAAGGUGCUAGAGUAAUUUGGAGUUAUGUGGAUAGAAUAUUGGGACAACCAUCAUUGAUUAGAGAAUCAUCCAGGGGAAGGUACCCUUGGUCUGGUUUCUUUAAGCGUGGCCUGAGCACUUUUUCAAAAGGGGUAUCUGCAUCUCAGGCUGAAAAGGGACUCGAAGACGUUGUUCUAAACCCCUCCCUUAAGAAAAGAGUUUCUCAGCUAGUUAGGACUAUGACUUUUACAAAGGCACAUCAGGCACCCUUUCGUAAUGUCCUUUUCCAUGGGCCUCCAGGGACAGGAAAGACAUUGGUUGCUAGGGAGAUUGCUCGCAGCUCUGGACUUGACUAUGCAUUGAUGACAGGAGGUGAUGUAGCGCCACUUGGUCCGCAGGCUGUAACCAAGAUACAUCAACUGUUUGACUGGGCCAAAAAGUCCAACAGAGGCCUGCUACUGUUCAUUGAUGAAGCAGAUGCAUUUUUGUGCGAGCGGAACAAGACCUACAUGAGUGAAGCCCAACGGAGUGCCUUAAAUGCCCUUCUGUUCAGAACAGGUGACCAGUCAAAAGACAUAGUCCUUGCCCUUGCUACAAACAGGCCUGGUGAUCUUGAUUCAGCUGUCACGGACCGUAUAGACGAAGUUCUUGAAUUUCCUCUCCCAGGCCAAAGUGAGCGCUUUGAGUUGCUAAAACUUUACAUGGAUAAAUACAUAGCUCAAGCCGGAGCACGGAAAGCUGGCUUCCUUUCCCGGUUCCGUAAACCGGCUCAGAAGAUUGAGGUCAAAGGGUUGACCGACGACAUCCUGAAGGAAGCCGCGGCAAAAACGGAAGGCUUUUCGGGGAGAGAGAUCGCCAAACUGAUGGCAAGUGUUCAGGCCGCUGUUUAUGGUAGCGAGAACUGCGUCUUGGACCCGUCUCUCUUUCGUGAAGUUGUAGAUUACAAAGUUGCAGAGCAUCAAAAGAGGAAGAAAUUAGCUGCUGCUGCUUCUGGAGAUGGAAAGGCCGUUUGAUUCAAAUCAUGUUGGGGUUUUGAAUUUAGAUAUUUUAUUGAUAUUUUUUUUACCCAGAUGAUUUAGGCAUAUAUACGUAUCCUUGUUCUAUUGAAAAAUUUUCUGUAUUGGUUCUCAAAGCUCAAAGUGCCCCUUUUUUUUCUUCCUCACAAGGAAUUUUGAUAUUGACCAAGUGUUCUCUUGGAGCAUCUCCUUUUUGAAGUCAUGCUCUAUCAUCUUUUAGGAGAUGUUUGGUUUUAGUUAAUAAAGCAUUGGGGCGUCU